CCUUUUUUUGCUUCAGGUUCCAUUUUCUCGAGGACCGUUGGCGCGUGGUGGGGCCUGUUUCGGGUUGGCGUCCUAACCUCCUUGCGCACCAUGACGGACCGUUACACGAUUCACAGCCAGUUGGAGCAUUUACAGUCCAAGUACAUCGGGACCGGCCAUGCCGACACCACCAAGUGGGAGUGGCUCGUGAACCAGCACCGGGACUCCUAUUGCUCCUACAUGGGCCAUUUCGACCUGCUCAACUACUUCGCCAUCGCCGAGGACGAAAGCAAAGCCCGCGUCCGCUUCAACCUCAUGGAGAAGAUGCUGCAACCCUGCGGGCCGCCCGCCGACAAGCCCGACGAGUCUUAAGCUUUGCAGCCGUGCAGCCCACCCCGAGCGAGGAAGGAUGGAUGGAUGAAUGGAUGAAUGAAUGAAGGAGCUCAACCUUGCCGACCCUGCGGACCCCUCGCUCCAUUUGGGGAAACAUUGGAUUCUGUACCGCCUCCUUCCACCCACCCGUGACUGCUUGUGGACUGCCGCAGUUAAACUGAUCCCGACGUGUUUCGUACACCCUACAUGGCGGGGAGGGCAUUUUCUGAACUUUUGCCCUCUCUAGCCUGAGGGGACUUGGGACAAAGACGGAGCAGAGCGAGGCCCGAUGGUUUCACACAGACGGGCACGGGGAUGGCUUGCUUUAAAGACUUGCAAACGGAUCUUUUUUUCCCCCCCUCCCUUCAUUUUCCACUUUGGAGUGUUUGGGAGGCGUUUUCACAAUUCGGUUUAAUAAAAGAUAAUGCUUUUUUUAAAGAAAAGUAAAAAUAAUUGUGUGGGUAAUCAAUUGAAAUAGCAAACCAAGGAGCCACUGAUAGAUGGCAUAAUAUUAAUGCAGCUCCAAAAUAAUCUCAGUUUGUACCUGGUGGCUAUGCAGCCCUUGAGCAAUCUCAGGU